AUGAUUUAUCAGAAAUACUCAGAAGAGUUGAAGGACAAGACUUUGACAUGGAACACCAUUUUUGGGAGCCUCUCAGAAGGAAUGGAAAAAGUUUUGAGGAUUUUUAGCAUUUUGUGUGCCCUUCCCCCAACAUCUGUUAACAAUGAGACAACUUUCAGCCAGAUGAAACUAGUCAAGAAUAAAAGAAGGGGGCACCUACGAGAUAGCCGAUUAAAUGAUCUCUUAACCAUUAAGUUGGAAUCCCCAAACAUUGAGUCAUUUGACCCAAAACCAGCAAUCUUGGACUGGAUGACAAGCAGUGUUUCUGGGAAGAGAAGAAUUGGAUCCAGUGCCAGAAAGUCCCAGGCCAAGUCCUCAUUGUCACAGACUCAGGGGGAAGUAUUGUUGGAUGAAGAGUUAGAGGGAGCUGCAGCUCAGUCAUCAGAUGAAACUGGUCUCCUUUUUGAAUUUGAGCAAGAGGAAGCUACAGAUUCUUCGGUUUGUGGUGAGAAUGGUGAAGAUGAUGAAGAUGAAUUUGAUGAAGUGGAUGAGAUGGAGAUGGCAGAAAACACAGUGUUUUCAUUAUUGUUGUCCUUCAGAGACUAGUCUGAACCAGACAUUUUAUUAUGUUUAAAACAGUUACUUUCCUAUUAAUAUACAGACACUCUACAUUCUGAUCACUCUGUCUGUCCGUGCUGUCCAACAUGUCUUGUACUACUAUAUGAUUAUGAUAAUGGUGAGGGUGAAUUAGAUGAGGUAAAUGAGAUGGAUUGGAAGAAAAUGUAGCAUUUUCAUUAUUGUUUGCAUUAUUGUUCAUUAUGAUAAUUAUAUAUAAUAAAUUAAUGUGUCCACAUUUGAAACUGAUUUAAUAGACUGUA